UGUACUGACGAAAAUGAUGUCCAUGACAAGAGAUGGGGUGGAUUGGAAAGAGCCAUUCAAAACUGUGGCUAACUUUUAUUAUGAUGAUUUGCCAAAUCCUUUGGCCUUAGAUGCUGAACUUAGGUUGUGGUACACUUAUUGGGAGACCCACUGCGGCCUCCUUCCUGAUAACAUUGCCCAGACUUUAAAAUCUGUUCAUUUCGCCGGAUUUGAAAACAUUAAAAUUUUACUACGUAUUUUAGGAACGCUCCCCAUUACCUCUUGUGAAUGUGAACGAUCUAUUUCUUCCCUUAGGACACUUAAAAACUAUCAGCGAAGUACCAUGGUUGGGGAACGCUUAAAUGGUUUGGCCUUGAUGCAAAUUCAUCAGGAAAUUGUACCAGAUAUUGGUGUGUAGGCGAACUUCUGGCGCCAUAACCAGUCUGCUUAAUUCGGCUCUCACAGGGCUGUCCAUGCCGGAUCACGAUUUUUUGUUUUGCGUUAAAGUGUUCCUAGGCAUGCUGAUGAGCCCUGAUAUGGGGCGAAACAGUCUUGUGUGCAUUCAAUAUUCUGAAUAGUGAAAAUCAACGACCUUGUGAUAUGUAAGUAUAAAUAUACAAUGUUUUUAUGUAUUUAUACGAUUGAGAUCUACAAGAUUCUGCAUAGCUGAAUG